CAACCCAACCCCCCACGGCCCCGCCCCUCCUCUCUCUCUCCUCCAUUGAAGCGUACUCUGAAUUCACCAUUGAAGUGGCUUGUGAGCUUUCUCUCCUCCAUUGAAGCAGCUCUAAGGAUUAGAAUACGAAAGUCAGCAAGUGCCAACAAUUAUUCAAGUCUUUAAUAGAUAAACUUCCCUUGUGCCUCAAGAUAUGGAAGCACUUGCAUCUUCACAGCUACUACCAUACUUGAAUUCCAAGAGAUACUUGCCUCUGAAGGACCAUUCUUUGUGUAAUUUUUGCCCAAAAUUACAUGCUCGAGUAGCCUCAAGAUCAGAGGAUUUAACACUGAGCCAUCAUGUGCUUGAUAAGAUGCCUAGGACGGAUACUUUUGCUUGGAACCAGAUGAUCUGAACCCAUCUUGCUACCGGAGAGAUAGACAAUGUCAUGUACUUAUAUCAGCAAAUGUUAAUACGAGGUGUUUGCCCUGAUAAGCACACAAUUCCUCGAAUUUUGGCUGCUUCUUGCCUUUCAAAUUCCUUGUUUCUUGGCAGACAAGUUCAUGCUCAUGCUGUUAAAUUAGAUAUUUCAUGUGAAGACUAUGUCAUUACUGCAUUGAUGAAAAUGUAUGGCCAUUUAGAUGGUGCGAAAACAGUGAAACAGGUCUUCAAUACGUCAAGUGUGGGGAAAAGCUCCGUCUUUGGGACCUUGUUAAUCUCCAUGUAUUUAAAGGAAAAUAAACCCAGAUUUGCUAUAGACCUGUUUCACCAAAUGGUAACUUUGGGUGCUGAGAUUGAUGCAGUGGCAAUAAUGACUGCGGUUGGUGCUUGUGGCAAGCUGCAAUCCUUGCACGAAGGAAGAAGAUUACAUGAGAUAGCCAAGUCUUGUGGAUUGGAAACUCAUGUCUUAGUAUGUAAUUCCUUGCUGAAAAUGUAUGUGGAUUGUGGUAGCAUCGAAAGUGCUCGUGAAAUUUUUGAUGUAAUGUCAUCUAGAGACUCCAUUUCUUGGACAGAAUUGAUCCGUGGUUAUGUGAAGAAUGGGGGAUUUAAUGAAGGUCUCAAAUUAUUCAAAAAGAUGAUGUCUGAGGGCAUUCGACCUGAUCUACAUGCAGUAUCAAGCAUUUUACCUGCCUGUGCAAGAAUGACUGCCCAUAAGCAGGGCAAAGAAAUUCAUGGUUACUUGAUCAGGAAUGGCCUUGAAAUGAAUGUUACUGUGGAGAAUGCUCUCAUAGACAUGUAUGUCAAAUCAGGAUCCAUCGAUUCUGCUUCUACGAUCUUCAGUGGAAUGACAACUAAAGAUGCCAUUUCGUGGACAAUUAUGAUCUAUGGCUACAGCCUUCAUGGACAAGGAGCACGUGGGGUUAAAUUGUUCCAUGAAAUGAAAAAAACCAAUCUUGAAAUUGAUGAAGUUGCAUAUUCUUCUGUUCUCUAUGCUUGUGUGGUAGCUAAUUUAGUUCAGGAAGGGAAGACACUCUUCAAUUUUAUUAAGAGACCUAAUGUCAGGCAUUAUGUUUUUAUGGUUUUGCUUCUGGCCCGUGCCGGAUAUUUCUAUGAGGCAAAGAUCUUUAUUGAGAAAAAUCAACUCGGACAACAUACAGAGGUGUUAAGAGCUUUGUUAGAUGGGUGCAGGAAUCAUCGAAAUGUUAAAACAGGGAAGAAAAUCAUUGAACAGCUUUGUGAUUUGGAACCACUGAAUGCUGAUAAUUAUGUUCUAUUGUCGAAUUGGUAUGCUAGCUAUUCAAAGUGGGACUCGGUGAAUAAAAUGAGGGAAACAAUCAGAGACAUGGGCUUGGUACCUAAGAGAGCAUAUAGUUGGAUAGAAUUCUGCAAUAAAAUUCAUGUAUUUGGGACUGGUGAUGUAUCCCACCCAAGGUCUGAAAAACUGUACUGGGAACUCCAAUGUUUGAUGACGAAGAUAAAGGAGAAGGAGUACGCUUUUGAUGCAGAUUUUAGUCUCCAUGAUGUUGAUGAGGAGAGAGAAUGCAUUCCAAUGGGGCAUAGUGAAUUGCUUGCCAUUUCCUUUGGUUUAAUUAGCACCCAAAGGAGUACAAUUCGGAUAACUAAAAACAGUCAUGUCUGUCACAACUGUCAUGAAAUGGCAAAAUUCAUAUCUAGAAUAGAAGCUCGAGAAAUAAUAUUGAAGGAUCCCAAUUGCUUUCACCAUUUUAAGGAUGGACAAUGCUCUUGUGGAGACUCGUGGUGAUGUUUCAUUGUGAAGGUAUUUAACUUCACUGUUAUGAACCUCAGGUGCAUUAACUGAGAAAUAGAUGGAGCUCUGUAUCUUCUUCUGAUGGUUGCAGCCUGGUUUAUCAAUCUCAGGAUUGGGAGGAUGGCUUUACUGUAUAAUUAAGUGAGAGUGAUUUACGGAUCCUAGACUUUUGAUCUAUUAAUUAUCGCGAGUCUCCUUUAUCAUGAAGCACUCUCAAUCUGUCUUUGAGAACAGAACAGCACCAACACACUUAUGAAGAGCUAGUCAAACCCUGCAGGCUUAGACUUGAGUUUCCAAUAAUUGUGAUUGGUUGAGGUGGUCCAUGUGAAAUGACAGGGUUGCUUGGUGUGCAAAGCUUCCGAUUCACUCUUUUGUCAGAGGCUUAUGUUGAACUGCUGAUUGCAAUGCUUAAAGUUAUGGGUCUUGUAGUCAAGGUCAUUGGUAGGCCAGAAGCUGCAGACUGCAGUAAUGAAGAUGUGAUUUUCUUUGUUACUGUAUCUAUUUGUAAUUGCUGCUUUAAACGCAAUUAUCUUGGCUAAGGAAGUGAUAUCUAAAAGCAGGAUGCCAAGGGAUCUCGAAAUUUGGCUCAUAAGGUCUGAUUCAAGCAACUAAGAACUAUGGCUGGAAUUGGAAAUCCUAAGUUCCUGUUUUUCAACAAGGACAACAAGAUCUGUUAUUUAAAAAGGUAUGAUGUUAAAUACUAAAGCCUAAGGUUGUUUUGCAACAAAAACUAUUUUGAGGUUUGCUUUUCUUUCUUCAGAUGACACUUUGUGUAGUGCUCAUGUUACACACCUCUCACAGAGUCAAUAGAUAAACCUUGAAUUAUAGCUAAUGACCUUAAAACUCUCAAGGUAGUACCAUUAGUACAUCUUACUGCUUGCUAGUAAUUGGUAUGGGAUUCAACUUAUUCGAAUAUUUAAAUCCUGAUCCCAAAUGUGGACUUUCCAAUUAUAUGGUUACAUCAGACUUAAUACCAGAAGUAGAGUUAGCAGUGUGCUGUGCAAGCAUGCCGUUUGCUUGCUCCCUAGCAUGACAGUAGGCUGUGUUUUCGAGUAUUUAAAAUUCUAUCCUACGGAGUAGCAUUUACCUGCUGCUCAAAUUCUUGCGAAAGUAUUACUUUAUAUUUUCAGCUCCAGGUAUCCUCCAGACUUCCACCACAACUUGAACUCAAAGUUCCCAAUUACAUGUCCACCAAAGUUCCCAUUUUCUUUUGGAGAGCGUACAAAUCCACUUCCAUGAGAUAAAAGUAUUUAAGCAACGGGCAAGUUUCUUGUAUAUAUGCUCAAAAGUUAUAUUGCUUCCUACUUCUUUGUCUGGGUCAUGGAACUUUCUGAUAUACUUCAUGUCACUUAAAAAGUUAUGUGAAGAGAAGAUAAUUAUUUGUCAAGAGGGUUGAAUAUUGCUUUGUCGAAUUGACUAGCUUAACAGAUAUUUGCUUCCUUCUUCAACAUUUCGACAAUUGAAAUGUUCAACACACGUAACGCGCCUAUAAGAAGCAAAUCGGGCAGUAUAUUGGACCACUAACGUCAAUUAUUUGGUAUCUAUACUUUCAUCAUGUAAUAAUUCUUAUUUAUUUUCAAUUAUUGUUUUCGAUGCAUUAGUGUUCCCUUUCCAAUAAGGAUUGGUUUUUUUUUUUUUUUUUUUUUUUUUUUUUGGGUAGAAUAAGGAUGGUCUACUAAUGUACGUUUUUCCAUAUUUCAUUACUUUUUUAAUAAAAAUUAAAAUUUAAUGAGCUUUCAAUUUUAUCAUGUGGUCAACAAAAAAUGUAAAAUUAGCAUAUUCCAAACCUAAAUUUGAUAUCUUUUUUUUUUUUUUGAAAGCACCCAAAUUUGAUAUCUUGCAGGUCGUUAUUUAGUGACUUUAAUAUUAAAAAAAGUAACGCACGAAAUUGGAAGAACAUUGGAACAAACAAUGAUCUUAAUUUCCACGUGUCAAUAGGUUUUGUCUUUUUAACCAGGUGCAGGAAAUCAGAAUAAUUUCACUGAAUUGAAUGUGAAAAUUACACUAAUUCUUGUCUUCUUUUUUACACAAUUUAUCAAUUUGUACGUAUUUCCAAAAAAAAAAAAAAAAAACUAAAAUGGGUCGGUUUGAAAUCCAAGAAUUUAAGAGUAAGAAAUUUUCACCUUUGUUUGUCGUUGAUGAUCUUUUCAUUGACAUCAACCUUUAUGCGGAAUAGAAGCAAAAUUAGACACAAUUAUGGCUUUUAAAACCAAUCAAUUGUACUAGUGUUGACUGAUGUUACUGCACUAACACAACACAUGGAAUCGUCUCUCAUUUUCCAUUCCUUUGGAAUCAUC